AUGGAACAACCAUCAGUCACCUUUACCGCCACUCAAUCCGUUGAUUACCUCGGUCAAUCUCACAAAUGGACCGAAAGUGAAGUUAUGAGCUCCUACAAAGAAAUUUCUAAACAGCUCAAGACAGUUCAAGAGAAAUUACGUGAAGAGCGUGAACAAAAAUUAUUAAGGAGCAGAACCAAAAAGGGUUCUUCACGUUCCGCUCAAUUAGCUCAAAAAAUUUCCCAAGUUCCUGCAAAAUCACAACAACCCCCGCGUGGAAAAAAUGACGCUAUCAUAGGAAACAUUAGCAGGCAACUCAAACAGCAAAAGGAUGAGUGCGCUUUACGUGCUGAAGAAAAACGAUUAAUUCGCAUGAAAAAUGCUUUAUGGAGACGAAUGGGUCCAACGGUUGGCUGCGUAGGCAAGGGAAAUAAGCUUGUAUCUCCAAAGACUUUGAAAUGGCAAAAGGAAUGUGAUAUCCUUUGGUUAUUUGGUCCUCUUUACCAACCAGACAAUGAUCCAUUCAUGGAAGACGAUGAUGAUAAGACUUUGGUAGGAAGUCCACCGGCCACUUGUUGCCCACCUUCACCUAUGUUAUCACCAUUAUCAUCCCUUUCUUCUUCCCCAAGCUCGCCUUCAAUCUACAUCAAACCGGCUCUCAAGAAAACCGUUGAACAUGAUCCUUUGAAAGACCUCAUUUCUUACGCUUGUGAAGUGUUGGCCAACGAAAAGUCUUACUCUGGACGUCGCUAUACAACUCCCCUUCCCAUUAAACCUAAAAAAUCUAUCAGGUUCAGUCGUAACCUUGAACAAGUUCAUUAUACUCCCACGCAUUACACAAUGCGACCUCCUCCCACACGACGUAGAAUGAGCAACCCAUUCUUCGUAAAGAUGGAAGAGGAUUUGUCAAAUGGAAAGAAUGUUGAGCAAUAUGAUCAGAUAUUUGCAUGGGCAAAAGAACAAGUUAAAUCCACCGGUAAAGUCCAGUUAUUCGGUGAAGAUGGUGCUUGGUUGGGUGGAAAUCACGAUGAUGACGAUGACGAAUUCGUAAUGCCACCACUUCCCCCUUUGGUAAAAUCAAGACGAUCUCCGUCCUCAUCUCCUCGAUCUCCGAACCGCAGAUCUUCCGCAACGCCACCUGCAGCUUACACAGCCGCCGCAGCCAAAAAGAAAACAUCAGCCUAUUCUAAAAAUAACUUUGUCGAUUCAAGAUAUAUGAGUUCCCACGUGGCUGUCGAUGGCGAUUCUGAAACUGCAGAAUCAGGAGUUGUACAACGCUGUGUAAAUGUUGCAUCUAAUGUCAAAGAUGUUGUAAGCUGGUGCGGUUCCAUGUUAUGGAACAGUACCGUUUUCUAA